AUGGACGUACGGUAUAAAUUUGCAAACAGCACUCGCACUUGUCGAAACAUGCAGUUGUCACUUGUGGCUGCAGUUUGACUCAGGUGAUUUUCCUAAGUAUUUUAUGUUUUCUUUGUUAUAUGUACAUGUAUGGAAGUACCUCCAAGCAGAGUCGUUCUUGGUUGUGGGGUGGCUUCUGGCGUAGUGUUGCACAUACGGUCAUACCUGUCAAGUGUCAAGUGUCAACAGAGAUUGCUGAAAACUGUGGUUCUGCUCAGUCGCUGAGGGACAUCUGCAAAAAUGUCGGAAAACACCAACCUGUGUGCCGGAAGCAUCAAACGUGUGAAGCUGAUUAAUUUUAUGUGCCACUCGGAGCUUACUGUUGAUUUUGGAUCACAAGUGUCGUUUGUCACGGGGCAUAAUGGCAGCGGGAAGAGUGCGGUUCUCGCUGGAAUCGUCGCUGGUUUCGGAGCGCGCGCAGGAGCGACGGCCAGAGGAACCAAACUGGGGGAUCUGAUUAAACACGGACAACGCUCUGCUUCUGUAAUAAUUCACCUGCAAAAUGCUGGAGCCGGACCGAAGCCCUUCGCACCAGACAUUUAUGGGCAUACUAUUAUUAUCGAAAGAACCUUUCAUUUGGAUAAAAGUGGAGCGUAUAAAAUAUGUUCGGCCUCAGGAAAAGUGAUAUCCAAGAAGCGAGCAGAUUUGGAUGCCAUACUCCAGCAUUACAACAUUCAGGUGAACAAUCCUGUCUUCCUUAUGAAUCAAGACACCUGUCGAAGCUUCUUGAAUUCCAAAACCGGGAAAGAAUUGUAUUCGUUCUUCUACAAAGCGCCUUUGUUGGAUGAAAUGGAGGAAUCCGUACAAACCGUAGAAAGACAAGCCAGUGAAACAAAAAUCACCGUAACUCAGAAAGAACAGGAAAUGGAGCCGAUUCGAGCCGCUAUUACGGAGUGGGAGGGAAAGUUGUCAAAAUGCCAUCGCCCUGAAGACCUGCAAACCAACAUAAAAAAAGUGAAGGCGAAAAUCAAAAUCGGCCAGUAUCAGAUUUUGGAAAAACAGACUGCCAGUGCGAAAUCAUUACUGGCCACUGCUCAGUCGAACUUACAAACUCACGAAGCUUCUUUGCAAAAAUCCCGGGAUAGAAUUCCGGAAUUCAAAAACCAACUGGAAGAAUUGAAAACUCGUCGGGAAGAGUUAACGCCCGCUAUGCAGGAGUCACAGCAGAUUUUGGAUACCAAUAAACCGCAAAUGAAGCAGCUGAAAGAAACAACGCAGACCGCAAAGACUAAACUGGAAGAUGCAAAGGCUGAACUGGCGGAAAAGAAGCGUAAUUUGCGUACUUUUGAGACUGAGCUUCAGCGAUCUAAACAGCGACAAGAUCUGGACGAUUUUGAUCAAAAGAAGGCGGACCUGGAAUCCGAAAUCAAACAGUUGAAUGAUAACUUAGGACAAGGACAAUCUGAGCGGAAAACGAUUUUCGAUGAACGAAUCGCGAUUAAUACCGAAGUGGGAAGAGCAAAAAAUGCGCUGGAUGAAAAUACGUCAGCACUGACAGCGCUGCAACGGCACGUUAGCGAGUUGGACCGUGAAAUACAAAGUUUCACCACCACCGCUAAUGACAGCUGGGGAAUUCUGAAGAGAAUGGAUCCACGGAAUGAUUUUGCUACAAAACAGAAGCAGUUGAUGGACGGCCUUAUGAAGCAGCCUGGGGUGUUGAAGGGAAAAAUAAUCGGGCCGUGUGUGCUGGAAUUGAAUCUAAAGGACGAUAUAUAUGGCAAAGUGGUGGAGAAGGUCGUAGGACCUUAUUUUCGUACAUACUUAAUUGAAGACGAAAGAGAUCGGCAGCGUAUCACUGAGGAAUUCCGAAAAGUGCGUUUACCGGCGCCGCCGCUGGACUGCGUUGGCGGCGCAUUUAUGACUUCAGAGAUGCCUUUCGACGACGCUUGCCGUUCUGCGCAUCCAACCGUAGCGGAUGUCGUUUCUUUCAAGCAUCCUCACGUUAGAAACGUUAUCCUUGACGCGUUAGGAUUGCAUCAGAUUCUGGUAAUGCCCACCACCGAGCUGGCUCGUCAGUAUUACCGCAGUGGCCCGCGUGUGGCGGGAUGUAGAAUGGUUUACGAUCUCCAGGCCAAUCAGCACAGCGAUCAAGAUGGAUACAUGUUUGUUCCCAGUUCGGAUUACGAAAAUCGACUGCUCUGCAAGGAUGUUGGUACCGAAAUUGAUUCAAAAACUAUGCUGCGAAAUCAGAAAAGUGCAGAACUGGAGGAAAGGAAGCGCAGACAGGCCGAAUUGAGCGCAGAAGUGAAAAAGCGUGAGCGGGAAUUAAUGAAUAAGACGCGUCAACUGAAGGAAUAUGAUGACAACGAUGCACGAAACCAGAACCGUUUAACAGCGUUGACCGUCGAAUUGGAAGCGGUCAAAAUCGCUCAGCCUACGGAUAUCCAAGUGAUGUUGGAUGAAGUGGAGGAACUGAAACUCGCUGCUGAAGAAGCCGAAACACGUGUGACACAGCUCGAAGUCGAGCUGGAAACGGCCAAAGCCAGGGAGAACAAGGCCUCCGAGCGAUUUCGAGAAAUGAAAAAUACGGCGGAAGAAGAAGUUAAAGAACUUGAUGAAAUUGUGGGAAAGUAUGAGAGGUUAGAGCGAAAGAUUGAAGGCAUGGAAUCGGAUAUCAGAACUUCUCAAAGACAAUCAGCCAGCUUGGAAAAGAUAAUUGAAGAGAAAAAGCAACAAGUUGCUGCUGCUCUGCAGCUUCAAGAGGAUAAGAAACGGGAAACUCUGGAGUUUGGCAUUCAUGAACGGUACUUAAGCAAACAAGUGUCCAGUGAAGAAGAAUUGGAAGGGGAACUGGCCAAUCUGGAACAACUGCUGCGCAAUGUGGACUCUAACGUCGAAAAUUCCUACGAUUAUUGUGCUCAGAAACUGAAGGAGUUGAAUGACAGUAAAGAAAUUGUAGACCAUCAGUUGCGUACUGCCACUAAAGCCGUUAUUUUGAUGAUGAAAAAUGCCACACAGCGUCAGAAGAACUAUGUUCUCGCAAGGCACAAAGCCAGUGGAGUCAUCAAAGAGCUUUUUGCGAAAAUAAUGAGCGAACGCGGUUUUGAAGGGGACAUUGAACUCGAUCACGAAGCAAGAAACCUGAAAUUUCUGGUUAAACCGCACCCGGAAUCUCAGUGUGUGGAAUCUAAUGUGAAAUCUCUGUCCGGUGGUGAACGCUCCUUCACUAUGGUCUCGUUUCUACUGGCGUUGUGGCAGUUAAUUGAGAUUCCUUUUCGAGUAUUGGAUGAAUUCGAUGUUUUCAUGGAUAUGCUCAACAGAGAUUAUGCGAUGCUUCGGCUUAUUGAUGCUGCAGUUAAUUCCGGUCGGCAGUUUAUUUUCCUGACUCCGCUUUCCUUUAGUCAAAGUGUACUGGACACUUUCAAGGAGUCUAGCCAAGUUGAAGUUAUUCGCAUGCCAACCGUUGCGCGACCGCCCGUCGGAGCUGGCGAAUAGUAGUUUCCUUUAUUUCCGGUCUGAUUGCGUUGGUCUCUGCGUUGGCCUUAUUCACAUUCGUGUUCCUUAUUUGUGACAUUUAUUGUAGAUGGAUUUUCGGAAAGCCAGUAAAAUUUUUAGACCUUUUUUGUAAAUCGGAAAAGCGAUGCGCUUAUAAAUUCAGUACAUGAUUAAUGAUUUAUAAUUUAAUGGAGUUACGAAGAUCGGUGUGUCUGGUGAAAGUAAUUUUAUCGUAGUCAACAAAAUGAGAAAAGAUUGA